AUGAAAGAAGAUGCGCCGACCAAUACCCCUACCGUCACGGAUACCAAAGCUAGCGAACCAAUAGAGCCAGCUCCAGCCCCGAGGGAAACCAUUGUGACAGCACCAAGCGUUGAGACUACGCCUAACACUUCACCGACAUUCGAAGCGGGCUCCAAACCUCCAUCACGCAGAGUAUUGCGACUAAAGUGCCCCGUCUGCUCGGACUAUCCCGAUGGCUUCCGCAGUGAGCAUGAGCUGCGACGUCAUACCAACCGCGUCCACAAAAAAGCACGUAAAGUCUGGGUGACCAUCGACACUUCACCCGACAAGUCAUUCCUGGCCAACUGUAAGGCGUGCCAGACUGGGAAGAGGUACAACGAAUGCUACAAUGCCGCAAGCCACCUCCGACGCAUGCACUUUCACCCUCACAAACGCGGGGAGAGGAAGAUGACUGCAGCAGAGGCUCGACGCGGUGGGAAACCUGGCGACCUGGAUCCUCCCAUGGAGGUCCUCAAAGCCAACUGGCUGCGAGAAGUAGACGAGAUAAUCGGAGAAGAGAAUGAACCUACCGAGGACGACGUUUCCAUGUCCUUGUCGCCGACUCAGAGUAUGCCCGCGGGGCAACUACAGUCCCUGCCACAGCCGCAGCCUCAAAUUACUCCCGUCAAGGCUGAAGCAAAGGCACCGCCGACACCAACUACUCCUUCCACUCGGUCGAUGGCGAUAGAUAGCAUAGUUGAGAAGCAGGACGCGGCGUGA